CUCUCACAAUGCCUACCUUUUGCAAUAGGGAGAAAGCCAAAAAAGAAAGCAACCACCACCGUCGCGUCCCGAGAAAAGUCUCUCGAGACCCAACUGCCCCUCCCCUCCUUUCCUCGAAAAUUCCCGUGACCUUCGAUAACAAGCCUUCCUUUUUAAUCAUCACCAUCCCAAAUCAAUCGCUGGAUCUACGCGUUCCGUGUUUUCUGCGAUUCGCUUAUUUUUUCGAGGAGGAUAAUUGCGCGUUGAUUGUUGAUUUGUCGUUCUCGAUUUAGGGUUUGUUUUCCUCCCUUUUGGUCCGUCUUCGCUCUCUGGUUAGGGUUUUAUUCCGUUUUGUGAUGGGUGAGGAGGGUUCAGCGGUUGUUGCCCUAGGCGGCGAUGGAUUUCCUCCUGAUGAUUCCGAUGUUGGUUUUGAGUUUGAGGACGACGAUGAAGAUCUCACUAUUGACUUCGAAACGAUUUACCGUAUUCUAGAUGAGAAGCCGCCCGAUUUUACUGAGGGUAGCCAAGAAACUUUAUCUCCAGCUGGUUCCUCUCCUGACGACCUCAAGGGUUCACACUUGCAAAAUGGAACUCAGAUGGUUGAUUCCUUUGCUUCGCCUUCUGGGACUGGGUUGUCUGGUUCAUUUGAUGACCAUGUCAAACUUGACUCUGGCAGCCUUAGUCCUUCAAGUCUUAAAGAUUGGUUUUCUGUGAGCCAAGAUGAGAAGCCUAUCGAACCCUAUGCUUUUUCUUAUAACUCCAAUGCUCUCAGUAACCCUGCGGAUCACUCUUCUGCACAAAAUUGCUACAAUACAAGUGGUGCUUCCUUAUCCGAACAUACCCCCAGUUUCGCAUUUCAGUUCUUUCCCAACAAAGAAGAAGCUGUAAAUGAUGUUGACUCUCGUGUGAGCGAGUGUCUGUCGGAUGGUGCCAGCCGGAUGGUUUUUGAUAAACACGGGAGAGUAGAUUACGGAUACUUAGACAGGAAACCUGUUGUCGAUUUCUCUAGUACUGGACCCUCAGUUCCUCUUCCCUGUGCCAAACCGUACAAUACUUUUGACAGUCACUUAGCUGAUAAUGAUGUUGACCGGCCUGAUAAUUGUUCAAGCAGUUUUCUGCGUAAUAAAGCUGCCCCUGUCGAGGUUAAGCCAGAGGCUGAGUUAGAUAAACUGGUUUUUAGUUCAGUUCCAAAGGCAGAAAACAUUAUUGACCCUGUUAAUGCACCUGGGGAAACCAGUCAUUGGUGGUCUGGUGCAUCUGGCUGUUCACUCUCCUAUCAGACAGAUAUUGAAGAAGGAUUCACAUUUAUGGCACAGCAAACUAGUUUCCCUAGUCAAGACAAUGGCAACUCCAAUAAAUUUUAUGAUUCAAAUGCAUGUUUGCAAUAUGUAGCAGCAGAUCCGAGCCCAGCGACACAGAUCAAUGGGUACUUAGGCUCUCUGACACAACAGGUAAACCAAGAACAUAUUCAACCAAGGAGCGUUGACUAUAAUUUCUCAAAUGGGAGCUUUGAAUCAGUUCAAAAUCUAUCUGGAGAAAGUAUAUCCGACAGUGAUGAUGAUUCUGAUGUCUACAUAAUAGAGCCUAAUGGUCAAUCUGUAAACCCGUAUCGACCUCUAGCUAUCAAAAGCCCGGUGGUUUCUUCACAAUAUUCUUCAAGUGGUCAUACUUUUAAUCAACCUGGAGGCACGAGGCUCCAGUCAAACAAAGAAAAUAUGAUUUUUCAAGCUGCAUUGCAGGAUCUCUCUCUGCCUGAUGCUGAAGCAAAUGUUCCUGAUGGUGUCUUGGCAGUUCCGCUUAUGAGACAUCAGCGAAUUGCAUUGUCAUGGAUGUCCAAUAAGGAGACAACUGGCUUCCCCUGUUCGGGAGGAAUUCUUGCUGAUGAUCAGGGCCUUGGGAAGACAAUUUCCACCAUAGCACUCAUACUAAAGGAACGGUCUACACCUUCCCGAACAUGUGAAGAAAGUAUCAAGAAAGAAGUUUUUGACUUAGAAAGCGAGGGUGGAGAAUGUGCGUCCUCAGAACCUAAUGAACAGAGUGAACAAGUUGAUGGAAAUAGUGUGGAUAAGGUGAGGGGAAGGCCAGCUGCUGGAACGCUUGUUGUCUGUCCCACGAGUGUUAUGCGACAGUGGGGUGAUGAAUUACGCAAGAAGGUAACUAGUGAAGCGAAUCUCUCUGUACUUGUAUACCAUGGGUCCAGCAGAACAAAGGAUCCUCAUGAGUUGGCUAAAUAUGAUGUUGUGGUUACUACAUAUUCUAUCGUGAGCAUGGAAGUACCAAAGCAGCCUCUUGUUGAUGUUGAGGAUGAAGAGAAGGAUGAUUUACAUAAUGGUGAAGGAGCAGCUGGUGACCUUUGCCCAAAUAAGAAAAGGAAAUAUCCUCCCGAUUCUCAAAAGAAGGGCUCCAAGAAGAAGAAACGUCUUGAUCGCGCAUCAGUUGAGGCCCAGUCGGGCCCUCUUGCGAAAGUUUCCUGGUUCAGAGUUGUUCUGGAUGAGGCACAGAGCAUUAAGAAUCACAAGACCCAAGUUGCAAGAGCAUGCUGGGGCCUUCGUGCUAAACGGAGGUGGUGUUUGUCUGGUACUCCAAUCCAGAAUUCAAUUGAUGACCUCUACAGCUACUUCCGGUUCCUCAAAUAUGAUCCUUAUUCUUCCUACAAUUUGUUCUGUAAUUCAAUUAAGAAUCCUGUAGCUAAGACCCCGGUGAGAGGGUAUCAGAAGCUGCAGGCUAUCCUUAAAACAGUGAUGCUUCGCCGAACUAAAGGUUCACUUAUUGACGGGAAACCCAUAAUCUCCUUACCUCCGAAGUCUAUAGAGUUGAGAAAAGUGGAUUUCACUGAGGAGGAACGUGAUUUCUACACCAACUUAGAGAGCGAAUCUCGUAGUCAAUUCCAGGAAUACAAAGAAGCCGGGACAGUAAAGCAAAAUUAUGUAAAUAUUUUGUUGAUGCUCUUGCGUCUUCGCCAAGCUUGUGAUCACCCUCUUCUCGUUAAAGGUGAAUACAGUUUUACUUGGGAGGCCUCGCUCGGAUUAGCUAAGAAGGAGAAUUUCUCAGAAGCUUCAUUGCAAAUUUGUGGUAUCUGCAGUGAUUCACCUGAGGAUGCUGUUGUGUCAGUCUGUGGUCACGUUUUCUGCAAGCAGUGCUUUUAUGAAUGCAUUACGGGAGAUGACAAUCUAUGCCCGAUGGCCAACUGCAAUGGCAGACUCUCUGCGAUGCCUUCUAUGCAUGAUAGUGCUACUUCGGUUCAUGUUGAGACUGCUGACUCUUGUUCUGAAGGUCUUCCAUAUGAGUCAUCUAAAAUCAAGGCUGCUCUAGAGAUCUUACAAUCACUUGCCAGACCACAGGAUUUGACAGAUAUGAAGCAGAUAUCUCAAAAGGGAGCGGACUCUGUAACGCCACUCAAGGUUGUUGGAGAAAAAGCCAUUGUUUUCUCUCAGUGGACAAAGAUGCUGGACCUACUUGAAGCUUCUCUUAUAAGUUCGCGUAUUCAGUAUAGAAGGCUCGAUGGAACAAUGUCAGUUGCUGCUCGCGACAAAGCAGUGCAGGAUUUCAACACUCUCCCUGAGGUUACUGUAAUGAUCAUGUCACUCAAGGCUGCUAGUCUCGGACUGAACAUGGUAGCAGCGUGUCAUGUUCUAAUGCUAGACUUGUGGUGGAACCCAACAACCGAGGAUCAGGCUAUUGAUAGAGCACAUCGCAUAGGACAGACGCGACCAGUAACAGUGGUUCGAUUCACAGUGAAAGAAACAGUCGAAGAUCGCAUAUUAGCCCUUCAGCAAAAGAAGAGAAUGAUGGUAGCGUCUGCAUUUGGUGAAGAUGAAAAGGGAAGCCGACAGUCUCACCUCACCGUAGAGGACUUGAACUAUCUGUUUAUGGCAGAUUAAUGAGAGCUCUUUUUGACCAGUGCGUGGGUACAUAUGAUAGGAUUUUCUUUGUGCAGUUUAUGGAGGGAGAAACUAUUGGUAUAAACUGACUACAGGUAUGGGAAUAUGGAAAUAGGAAAAACUGAAUUUGAUUGGUGGUUAUUCUAUUUAGACUUUUAGGUAUUGCAAUGAAGACAUUAAGAGUCCUUUGCUUUUGAAUCGCUCAUUGUAAGAAUACAUUUUGAUUGGUCAGUCAGGUUAACUAGAGCUUUUACUUCUUCGA